GGGCGCCGCGAGAGCCCUGGCCUUCCGGAGGUGGAGGUGUGGGGUAGGGGGAGGGCUCCAGGUGCUCUCUCUUUAAAAGGCCGGCAGAAGCCCCGUGAGCUUGGCCCGCACUUUCAGCGCAAACUUGCUGGGCUGGUCUCGUGCCUCCUCGGGUGCAGCAGCGGCUGUGGGCGCCGGGGCCAGCGGCUGCGGCCCCCUCGCCCCCUUGCGCUUCGCGGCGCUCCCGCCCUCUCCCGCAGCCUCCCCUCUCAGCGCCUUCCUUGCUCUCUCGUCUCUCGCUCCCUCUCUCGCUGGCUCUCCAGCGCGCUCUCUAGCUCGCUCUCAUUUUUUUUUUCUGCUGCUGUUGCCGCUGCCGCGGCGCCGCCAGGCGCCCGUACCUCGGCCGGCUGCGCUCGCUGGUCGCUCCCGCUCCGCUCCCUUCCUAGCCCGGAGCUCUCGGCCAGACCCAGCUCCCCUUGCCGCCUCUCCCGCUCCUUCCGGCUCGGAUGCCGGGCUCCGCCGCAGCAGGAGCAGGGGUUGCCGCCGAUCCCCCUCUCGCUUGCUCGCUUGCCAGAGCAGCAGCCGAACGCCGCGCGCUUGGCGGCGGCUCCGGCCGGGCGGCCGCCAGCUCAUCCCUGCUGCGUCCGGGACUCCGGGCGGCUCCGCGGCGCGCUCGGUCCGCAGCGUCAGCGCCGCCCGCCGCGGCCCGGGCUGUGGGCACCGCGAGAAUCGUGCCUCCGGCCGUCGCCUGCCUGCGCCCCCGGGGCAGGCGGGCACGCAGCGGACCCCUCGCCGCGGCUUAAACCUUGCUGGCGCGCGGUUGGUAGGAGAGAAUUGGAGCUGUUUUCUCCUUGAUGCCAAGAUACGCCAAGCUAGGAGCACUCUGCCCUUUCCACAGUCAUCCACUGAGAACAGGCCUGCAGGACGGGACAAGGAUCAGAGCCUUCCUGCAACCCCGGCCACUGCCUGCUGUCUGUGGGCCUGGACUGUGCGGGCAACUGCGCUUGGCCCGAGUGACGAGGAGGUGGGAGAGGGUAGCAGCAUGGGUUACACGGUUGGCUGCCCUCAGUCCCCCUGCUGCUGAAGCUGCCCUGCCCAUGCCCACCCAGGCCGUGGGGCCAGGGGCCUGCCAGGGCUAGGAGUGGGCCUGCCGUUCAUGGGUCUCUAGGGAUUUCUGAGAUGCCUGGGAAGAGAGGCUUGAGCUGGUGGUGGGCCCGGCUGCCCCUUUGCCUGCUCCUCAGCCUUUACGGCCCCUGGAUGCCUUCCUCCCUGGGGAAGCCCAAAGGCCACCCUCACAUGAAUUCCAUCCGCAUAGAUGGGGACAUCACACUGGGAGGCCUGUUCCCGGUGCACGGCCGGGGCUCAGAGGGCAAGGCCUGUGGAGAACUUAAGAAAGAAAAGGGCAUCCACCGACUGGAGGCCAUGCUCUUCGCCCUGGAUCGCAUCAACAACGACCCGGACCUGCUGCCCAACAUCACGCUGGGCGCCCGCAUUCUGGACACCUGCUCCAGGGACACCCAUGCCCUCGAGCAGUCGCUGACCUUUGUGCAGGCGCUCAUCGAGAAGGAUGGCACGGAGGUCCGUUGUGGCAGUGGCGGCCCACCCAUCAUCACCAAGCCUGAACGUGUGGUGGGUGUCAUCGGUGCUUCAGGGAGCUCGGUCUCCAUCAUGGUGGCCAACAUCCUUCGCCUCUUCAAGAUACCCCAGAUCAGCUACGCCUCCACAGCGCCAGACCUGAGUGACAACAGCCGCUACGACUUCUUCUCCCGUGUGGUGCCCUCGGACACGUACCAGGCCCAGGCCAUGGUGGACAUCGUCCGUGCCCUCAAGUGGAACUACGUGUCCACGGUGGCCUCGGAGGGCAGCUAUGGCGAGAGCGGUGUGGAGGCCUUCAUCCAGAAGUCCCGUGAGGACGGGGGCGUGUGCAUCGCCCAGUCGGUGAAGAUACCACGGGAGCCCAAGGCAGGCGAGUUCGACAAGAUCAUCCGCCGCCUCCUGGAGACUUCGAACGCCCGGGCAGUCAUCAUCUUCGCCAAUGAGGAUGACAUCAGGCGUGUGCUGGAGGCAGCACGAAGAGCCAACCAGACAGGCCAUUUCUUCUGGAUGGGCUCUGACAGCUGGGGCUCCAAGAUUGCACCUGUGCUGCACCUGGAGGAGGUGGCUGAGGGUGCUGUCACGAUCCUCCCCAAGAGGAUGUCUGUACGAGGCUUCGACCGCUACUUCUCCAGCCGCACGCUGGACAACAACCGGCGCAACAUCUGGUUUGCCGAGUUCUGGGAGGACAACUUCCACUGCAAGCUGAGCCGCCACGCCCUCAAGAAGGGCAGCCACGUCAAGAAGUGCACCAACCGUGAGCGAAUUGGGCAGGAUUCAGCUUAUGAGCAGGAGGGGAAGGUGCAGUUUGUGAUCGAUGCCGUGUAUGCCAUGGGCCACGCGCUGCACGCCAUGCACCGUGACCUAUGUCCCGGCCGCGUGGGGCUCUGCCCGCGCAUGGACCCUGUAGAUGGCACCCAGCUGCUUAAGUACAUCCGAAACGUCAACUUCUCAGGCAUCGCAGGGAACCCUGUGACCUUCAAUGAGAAUGGAGAUGCACCUGGGCGCUAUGACAUCUACCAAUACCAGCUGCGCAACGACUCUGCCGAGUACAAGGUCAUUGGCUCCUGGACUGAUCACCUGCACCUUAGAAUAGAGCGGAUGCACUGGCCGGGGAGCGGGCAGCAGCUGCCCCGCUCCAUCUGCAGCCUGCCCUGCCAGCCGGGUGAGCGGAAGAAGACAGUGAAGGGCAUGCCUUGCUGCUGGCACUGCGAGCCUUGCACAGGGUACCAGUACCAGGUGGACCGCUACACCUGUAAGACAUGUCCCUACGACAUGCGGCCAACGGAGAACCGCACGGGCUGCCGGCCCAUCCCCAUCAUCAAGCUGGAGUGGGACUCGCCCUGGGCCGUGCUGCCCCUCUUCCUGGCCGUGGUGGGCAUUGCUGCCACGUUGUUCGUGGUGAUCACCUUUGUGCGCUACAACGACACGCCCAUCGUCAAGGCCUCGGGCCGUGAACUGAGCUAUGUGCUGCUGGCAGGCAUCUUCCUGUGCUACGCCACCACCUUCCUCAUGAUCGCUGAGCCCGACCUUGGCACCUGCUCGCUGCGCCGAAUCUUCCUGGGACUAGGGAUGAGCAUCAGCUACGCGGCCCUGCUCACGAAGACCAACCGCAUCUACCGCAUCUUUGAGCAGGGCAAGCGCUCGGUCAGUGCCCCACGCUUCAUCAGCCCCGCCUCGCAGCUGGCCAUCACCUUCAGCCUCAUCUCGCUGCAGCUGCUGGGCAUCUGUGUGUGGUUUGUGGUGGACCCCUCCCACUCGGUGGUGGACUUCCAGGACCAGCGGACGCUCGACCCCCGCUUCGCCAGGGGUGUGCUCAAGUGUGACAUCUCGGACCUGUCGCUCAUCUGCCUGCUGGGCUACAGCAUGCUACUCAUGGUCACGUGCACCGUGUAUGCCAUCAAGACACGCGGCGUGCCCGAGACCUUCAACGAGGCCAAGCCCAUUGGCUUCACCAUGUACACUACCUGCAUCGUCUGGCUGGCCUUCAUCCCCAUCUUCUUUGGCACCUCGCAGUCGGCUGACAAGCUGUACAUUCAGACGACGACGCUGACGGUCUCGGUGAGUCUGAGCGCCUCGGUGUCCCUGGGAAUGCUCUACAUGCCCAAGGUCUAUAUCAUCCUCUUCCACCCGGAGCAGAACGUGCCCAAGCGCAAGCGCAGCCUCAAAGCCGUCGUUACGGCGGCCACCAUGUCCAACAAGUUCACGCAGAAGGGCAACUUCCGGCCCAACGGAGAGGCCAAGUCUGAGCUCUGCGAGAACCUUGAGGCCCCAGCACCUGCCAUCCCAGGCCACCUCCUGGAUGCUGCCCCAUCCAAACUGACCUGUCCUGUGGUCCCUCUGCCCUCUUGGUCAUCCAGCACCCUGGAAGGACAUGGGUCAUUUCAGAGAUGAAGGUGGGAAUUCUUCAUGAGCUGUAAGGUGCCAUGCUGUGUUCUUAUUCUUUUUUUGGAUGUUGUGGCACCAUUUUCUUCCAUUGGCACCUGUCCAGGUAGCACAUAAACCUUGAAACUUGCCCACCACCAUCCGGCUAAGUGAUUCUUCAUCAUUUGCUUGAAUUUUUCUGUUGACAGGGAGCUCAUAGGCCACUGACUCCACCCAACUCUGGCCAAGAGAAAGUUCUUCCUUUAACUGAGCUGGACUCUGACCUUCAUGCCCCCCUACUGGUCCCAUGGUGGACCCCUCUGCUCACCCCAUCCCCAAGCAGUUUACUUCUUCCACAUGUGAUAGACUGAUAGUUGGACACCGAACUUCUGCCUGUGUUAGUGGGCUUCCAGUUACACUGCUGUGACAAAGAGGUCCCAGAACUGAGCAGCUCAAAUCAGACAGAUGUUUGUUUCUCUCUGCCGUAAUAGGACAUGGUGGGUGGGUAGGAGUGGGGACCCAGGAUCCUUUCAUCUUGUUGCUCAAUCGGCUCCCUGAAGAUUGAGGCUAGAUGAUCUCAAUGGUUGUUCUGCUCAUGGAAGGGAAAAGAGAAGACACAUGGGGGAAAGACCCAUUUUAAUUGAAUGACAUGGGAGCUGCACACAGUCCUUCCAUGUGUAUUUCAUGAGGAAGAACGCAGUCAGGUAAGGCCUCACCUAGCUGCAAGGGAGGCUGGGAAACCUAGUCCUUCAGAGUCAUGUGCCCAGUGAAAUAGGGGAGAGAGGAUUGGGGGGACAAUUUGUAGACCACCUCACUUGUCCCCCAGUUUCCUCUUCUCCAGAUGCCCCUGGCUGAGUCUGGCAGAUGUGCCUCCUUUUUGAGCCAACAGAUCCUGACUGAGGGUCAGGGCAGCUUUUAGACAAAGGGCAGCUGGUUUCUCCCACCCACUGCUUCUCUCCACACUCGCAGACCAGCCCCUGCCCCAGGCAGCAAUACUGCCCUGAUUACCACCACUGAGGCAGCUCCCAGUCCACCGAGGGAGGCCCUAAACCCUGGCUGGACAGGACAAAACCAAGGGUCUGGCCAGGCCCCUCACCCCUCUGGCCUCAGUUCCUCAUCUGUCAAGUUGGGUGAUGCUUCAUUGGCUGCCUCACUAGGCUGCUGUGGGGUCUGCACUCUGGAGGGGUGGGGGAUACUCACACUGCUCAUGGGAGCUGCUGGCAUCACUCAGCUGUGGACAGGAAUGGGAGAUACCCCGAUGUACCACCCCAGUCCUGGUGUGGAGUAAGGGCCAGAGGGACAGGGGCAGAUAAGGGGGGGCUCAAGACUGAGGGAGACAGGGGCACCAAGAAGUAGAAAGGGUAGAUGCUCAGAGGGCCCUGGGGAUCUGGGGGACUUGUGUUUCCUUGGGUGUAGGGCGGAGGGCUGAGUCAAUCGCAUGCCUCAGUUUCUAGCCAUGCACGGCCCUGCUCUGGUUUUCAUUAUUUAUUUCCUCUGUCCCUGUUCCCCACUCUCUUCCCUUAGGCCACCGUUCUAGUUUAACGUAUAUUCCUUACAUGUGCGCAUCCAAAAUGCGUGUGGUUGAACUUCUGAAAGACUUCCCUUUGAUAAUAUUUUAAGGUUAUAUGAUGUCAUAAAAAAAGAUUUCUUUUGAAGUGUGGUAGAAUUAGGAGGUGGCAGGGGCCCCGUGCUGGGGAGCCCCUCACACAGGAGUGGGGUUUGGGAAGGAGUGCUAGAGGAAGGAGUCAUCUCUAGAGUACAAAGGGAAGAGGAAAGGCAUUCCAGGCAAGCAGCCCAGCCCAGCAAAGGCGUGGAGGUGCGAAACAUGGGCCCAGUCCCUGGAUGGGGAGCUGAGAAUAGCAGGAGAAGCAACCGGAUGGGCCAGGCGGGGCUGGUGCAGUUUGGGGCAAUGUUGAUUGCUCAGCUCAGGACUGGAUGCCAUGAGAGGUGGGGAGCUGUGGUAGGUUCUUGUGUAGGACUGUGCCCGUGUGGAAGGACAGUUUGAGAAAAGCAGCCCCUGACUCCUGGGUACCCCUGGUUUCUCUCC